AUGGCGGGUCUGUUUCAAGACAAGGUUGCUAUAGUAACAGGCUCCAGUUCCGGAAUAGGAGAAGCCAUCGCAGUCAUGUUCGCAUCUAGAGGUGCUAAGGUCACUCUCUGUGGUCGGGACCAGGAUAGUCUCAGGUCAGUUCUGGAAAAGGUUGUGACACUCAGUGGCGGACACCAGGAUAAGUUCAUAACCGUUCAAGGUGACAUAAACGAUGCUAAAGUCCAGAAAGAAAUCAUUGAUAAGACUGUGGAAGCCUUUGGUCGGCUGGAUAUUUUGGUUGCCAAUGCUGGAAUCUCAUCUUUUCUUCAGACUGUGCAAACUGCAACUGAAGAAUCCUACAAUAAACACAUGGAUACCAACUUGAAGUCUGUGUUUUUUCUUAUUCAACAAGCCAUACCACAUUUAGAAAACUCUCAAGGGAAUAUCGUCAACAUAUCUUCAAACACAACUUCGGCCAUUCUCACAGCCUUAACUAUAUAUUCAAUCAGUAAAGCAGGUCUUGAUCAUCUGACCCGUUCUUUGGCUGUAGAUCUGGGGCCCAAAG